UCCUGGCUCUUCGUGAAGCACGCGUACGAAUGGAUAGGCCUUGCCGUUCCUGAUCGAGUGAAGUCGGAGAUCAAGCCCCGUUCUCUUCCCACGGGUCUGAACUCUCCGAUGGACGUGGUCAAGCGCCGCAAAGAGACCAAAUUCGUGUCCGCCCAAUUCGAUGGGGGCUCCAAGUCGGGCCUGGCCUCCAGCGGUUGGCACAUAGGGGUCGAUCGCUUCUGUGAUCAGUCUGGCCAGCCGAUCUUCUACAAUGUUGCCGAAGGCUCGACUUUCUGGGGUGACGGCGCUGUCACCCUCGGAGAGCUCCAGGGUCUCGUGCAG